AUGGUAAGUAAACUUUUUUCUCUCACGACUAAAGACAUUAUAAUUUUGAAUUCUGAAUGAUUUUUGAGUUGAGUUGAAGUAAAAAACUUUUUGGAAAAUUUUAAAUUUUUGCACAGUGCAGAAUUUCAUUUUGCAAAAAAGUUGUGUCGCACUCUUCUCAGAUCGAACAGAAUAUCUUAAGAUGACUAUUGAUUUUAAAUCUGCAUUUGAAUGUUGUUUUACAAAUUAAAAUUACCAUUGCACUGUGCGAAACAAACUUUCGUCUUAUAAAUGGUAUUUGCACUGUCAAAAAAAAAUUCAGAUUACUGUAUGUCUACUAGUCGUUCCAGAAAGUGCGUGCACUUUUUGUCGUGGGCCGCACUGUGCACAAAAUUCCCUUUUUGCGGGGUGCAUUUGACCUUUUGCACCGUGCAAAUCCAAUAUCGCUGCGACACAAGCUUUUCUCAACGGAGUGGGCGCGAAUUUUGGGCGCAUGAAAUGAAAUUGCACAGUGCAAAAUGUUUCGAAAAGGAUCGCGUCGCGCGGGGAACACGAAACUUGCACGGUGCGGUGCAAAAAAAGGCGGAAAAAAGUGCGCGCACUUUCUGGAACGACUAGUAUAACUUUAUUCAGCUUGAUUUCAGACUUUAGUUUCACAGUAACAUACCAUUCAAUGUUAUUUUUCAUACCAAAUUUACACUGCACUGUGCGAAAUAACGUUUCGCCCUGUAAAGUUCAGUUGCACUGUGCAAAAAACUAAGCUUACAUUACUGAGUGUCUAUGAUCUCACUGAGUUUAGUUUCAGUCCCUAAUAUUGUACUCACAUACCAAAAAAAUGUAAUUUUACACAUUUAAUUUUCUUGGCACAGCGUGGUUUCAAAAAAAUCAAGUUUUUUGUCAUUGCACUGUGCAAAAAACUUACGUUACAUUACUGAAUGUCCAUGACCUCACUGAGCUUAGCUUCAGGCGCUAAUAUUGUACUCACAUACCAAAAAAAUGUAAUUUUACACAUCGAAUUUUCAUUGCACAGUGCGGACCCAAAAAAAUCGAUUUUUUUGUCAUUGCACUGUGCAAAAAGAAACUUUACAUUACUGUAUAUUUAUAACCUCACUGAGCUUAAUCUCAGGCGCUAAUAUUAUGCUUAAAUACCAUUCAAUGUAAUUUUACACAUCAAAUUUUCGUUGCACAGUGCGGACUCAAAAAAAUCGAUUUUUUGUCAUUGCAGAGUGCGGAAAAUUCAAAAACUUCUUUUGGUGUCAAAAUUUUUCUAUUGACUCCCAGUCAACCAUAAAGUGGGCUAAGUUAUUGUGCGACGGAAUAUAAUACGAUUAUUUUUAUUUUUUAUUUUCCUAUGUUUGUAUACAUAAUUUGUUAUCUGAUUAUUGUUUGAGGGUCAUGCUUGUGUUCAUAACUGAUAACAGAACAGUAGAGCCUUCUCCUUUCCUGACUGAAUAUUCAGCCGUUUUGAGAUAAGUAGAGGGUUGUGAUGGGUAAGGAAUUGACAGCCAUAAAAAGGAGGCUUUUCAGUGCUUUUUGAAACUCUUUUACUGUUUAAUUUUUGUCGGGAAAUAAAUUUUGAGACAAAUUUUUAUACAACAAAAGGUUUUUUAUGCACUGUUUUUACGACUUUUGUUUUAUGCACUGUGCGAGUUUUUUAAAAGAAUAUAAAUUGUCAGUGACAGGUAUGAUUAGAAAUAUGUAAGUGUUGACAGUUCAAUAAGGUCUUCUAGAUCUUAUAAGACAACAUCCGGGCAAAUUCAUAGCUGAUUCCGUCCGCACAGCGCAAUUGAGAAAAAUUUGCACAGUGCGAUUUCAAAAAGAGUCCGAAAUUUUUCGCACAUUAUGGAAUUUAUUGCGAUUUUUUGUUGCAUAGAUUUUUCACUGGCCAUAUAACUAAUCAAUAUCUUUUUUUCCGAUUUUUAACUAGUCUCCGCACAAUGCGAUAAUAAAAUUUUUUUGCACUGUGCAGUUCAGAAAAAAGUCUAAACUUUUUUGCACUGUGCCGAAUAUUCGAUAAAUUUUUUGGUUUUGAAGCUGUUGAAUAGUUUUAAAAUACGAAUUGCUUAUCUGUGUCCCCAUUACAGUUAUUUUCCGUACCGCCCGACCGAUUGAAAUUUCACUGCACCGUGCAGUUUUCAAAAAAACUUGGACUUCCUCUGCACUGUGCAAAAUUUUGAGAGAACUUUUCUCAAGAUAAAUGUCUUGACAGGCCACAAAAUACUGCUACUUAAUUGUUUUACAAUCUUGAUUCAAAUUCUGCACAGUGCGACCGAUUCGAAUUUUGUUGCACUGUGCAGUCACAAAAAGUUUUCCAAAUCUUGCGCCUUAAAAUUCGAACUAAAUUUUUUACCUUUUCAGAAGCUCCGACCAACAGUGCACUUUACAAUAACCGACGAAUCAGCGGACAAGUCCAAGUUCCUUCAGAUCAGCACCUUGACCGACCCAGACAGCUCCAUUCAACGGGCGUUGCAUCAAGUUUUAACGGAGAGAGGCAUGUCAUCAUCCGAUUAUGAGGUCCUCAAAGCGUUCUGUGAAGGGGAUCGAGUGAAGAUCGACAAACAUGUGGAGAAUCAUCAGAGUUUUGAAGUUGUAAUUCGAAGAAAACGCCAGAAAUCGCAUGGCAGACCGAAAGGAAAAAAAGUUGCGCCAUAUGUGUUCAAAGUGAUACGAACGGUGGUGGAGGAAAUUGUCGAUGAAAUUAGGCCACCAGAGGUGUUUUUGAGUCGAAGCGAGGACAUUGAUGGACCUAUAGCGGUAUGAAAAAAAAUAUUUUUUGGUCUCACAACGAAAACAUGGGGAGGUUUAAACGUAAAAAAAUGAAUUAGAAGUGAUGACCUUUCAUGUAAAUUUUUUUAUUUUGGGUUAGCUUUAAUUUUAACGCCUUUUCAAUUUUUAAAAUUUUGAGACGGGUCCCACCACGAAAACCUAUAACUUCGAAAAAUAUCCCAAAAACGAUAAAAAGAUGAGUAUUAGGAACGACAACUAUAUGAAUGUUUUGAGUUAUGAUAAAGUGUAAGAUACGCUUUCGACUUCUUCCAUUUUCCAAACAGGGUCCCACCGCGAAAACGUGGAAACGAAAAAAUUGGUUAGCAGAUUGACCAAUGAACUAAGUGGAUCCUAAAAAAAUUAAUUUUUAGAAUUUUGAGGCCGUUUCAAUUUGUAAAAUACGCUGGUGCCCUAUUUGAAUUUAGUCAGUUUCGGUCCCACCACGAAAACCUGUCAUUAAAAAAAUCAGCUGGGAAAUGUCCAAACUCGGUAGUUUAGGCUUGAAAAAUAAUAUUACUAAUCAUUUUCUUGUUGUAAUCUGUCAAAUACCCCACUUAUAGCAAUUAAAAUUUACAAAUUGGGGUCCUACCACGAAAACCUGAGAUUCAAAAAAUCAUUGUAAAAACGGCCGAAACCGCAAAAGAAGAGUCUAAAAUGGACAAAAUUCAUAGUUUUUUUUAUUUUGUAAAAUACGCCUUUCUAAAUUGCGAGUAUUUUUAGACCACCUCCAAGAUUACCGUACACCUGCGCGUAAAGACGAUCCGCCCCGAUACAAUCGAUCUGGUCGACGAAUACCCCUGGGUGAAGCUCUCCUCCUCCCCGUGGCACGUCGACUCCACAACAACAGCGGUGCAAUUCAUCACGAAGCUGGUGAAAAAAGGAUUUCUCAACGAAGUGAUCGAGUUCAAAUUGGUGGAUUCGGAUGGAAAUCCGCAGGAGAUUCAGAUGAACUCGUUCUUGAAACAUGGACAAGUGUAUUCGGCGGUGAUAUGCAGAGGAAUUGAGAGGGACAUGCGAAGGGACGAUGAGAAAAAACCGGUAGAAAUUUGA